AUGGAUAAGUGCAAUAAUAAUAAUAUUAUGAAUAAUAAUAAUAUUAUGAAUAAUAAUAAUAAUAAUAAUAUUAUGAAUAAUAAUAAUAAUAUCAUGAAUAAUAAUAAUAAUAAUAUGAAUAAUAAUAAUAAUAGUAAUAUGAAUAAUAAUAAUAGUAAUAUGAAUAAUAAUAAUACAAAUGAUAAAUUAUUUUUUUCAAUUUGGAGAAAUGUGUAUCUAUUUUGCCAAAUACAAAGACAUCUUAGAUUAUAUAAAGAAAAUAAAAAAAUAGUUAUUAACAUGUCAAUGGAUCAACUUAGAUACCAUCCACAUAGAAGAUAUGCAUCAACAAUUACUAUCCAAAUUGACCAGCCUUUAGAACCACAUGGCCAAGCUAUUCCUUAUGGUGCGACAGGAAUUGAAUUCCCACAUAAAUUCAAUCAACCAAUUAAAGCAGGUGAUCUUCCAAAUUCAGUUACCAAGUUGUUAUUUGGUCCACACUACACUCCUCAGGAAUUUAGUAUCGGAACGUUUCCAAGCUCAUUGGCCCAUUUAAAUAUAUAUACAUUCAAUAAGUGUAUUGAGCCUGGUCUAUUUAAUUCGGUAACAGAAUUAUACCUAAAUUCCUUUAAUCAAGUUUUAAAAAUAGGUGAUUUACCUAAAACAUGUCGAAAACUUCACCUUUUUUCAUAUAAUCAACCACUUUACCCAAACGUUCUUCCACAAUUAAUAAAACUACAUCUAUCAACUUUUAAUCGCCCAUUAUUGGAACAAGGUAUACUUCCUGAAUCAAUCACUGAACUCAAUAUGAAUAAAUAUAACCAUCGACUGUUAAACUCCCUAUCAUCGCUUACAUCCAUAAAAACUCUAGAAAUGGAUUAUUUUAAUCAAGUGAUAUCUAGUAAUGAAUUACCCAACACAAUAGAAACUUUAAAGCUUAUUCUUUUUAAUCAACGUUUAAAACCAAAUGUACUUCCAUCAUCCAUAAUCGUACUAUGUUUAAACAACUACAACUAUCCAUUAGAACCACAAGUAAUACCACCCAAAGUACAAACUUUGGAUCUAUACCGUUAUAACUGUGAAUUUGGUGAACACCUACUCCCUAAUUCUUUACUGCGUUUAUCUUUAUCAAGAUUUAACAAAUUUUUAUUUGAAAAUUUUUUACCAUCAUCAAUUACAGAUCUAGAUUUCGGCGAUGAUGGUCCAAAUACAUUUGAAACUAAAUCAAUUCCUCCAUCAGUUAAAAUAUUAAGAUUCCCAUCAUUACAUAGAUUACUUCUUCCAACCGGUAUUAUUCCCGAUUCAGUGGUGGAUCUAACUUUACCUCCUCACUAUAACCAUCCUCUUCAAAUAGGCUUAUUACCAAAAUCUCUAACAAAACUAUCUUUUGGCUAUUAUUAUAAUCAACCUCUAAAACCAAAUACAAUUCCUCAAUCUGUUACUCAAAUAAAACUAUAUGGACCCUACAAUCACACAAUACCAGAUUCCUUAAUAAACAGAUUAAAUAUAAAAAAAUACAAUUUUUAA